GUGCUCUCAGACAUCCCAAGGAACGAGAUAGCCCAAGUGUGAGUUAAGCACCAGGCACACCAUUUACUGCUGUACAACACAAAGCCCUAAUUCUGAACAUGGCUUAUUCCUGAAUGACGUGAGGUUUCCAGAGCAUAAGGGCUCAAAACAUGAGCGUGUUGCUGCAGUGCAUCUCUGUGGUGUAGAUGAGGUCAUAGGGAAGGGAGAAAUAUCCCUGAAGUCAGUACAAGGGUAGGACUUGGUGAAUCAUGCCCAAGACUGAAGGCUGUGGAUGACAAUAUAAUCACACAUUAGUAGUUCUGAAUUUCUAUUGAUUUUCUUUUGGACCUGCCUUUAGGAACACUUUUUCUUCUUUUAAAAGCCUUUACGCUGACCAUUAUCUGCUCAUAAACAUAUUUCAUCCCCUGUAGUCACCAUUUAUCAUCCCUUUGGCACCACCUUGCUGCUGUAAAACGGGUUGUCCUUGGCCUUUCAGGCUUGAUCCUCAGCUCCAGAUGUUCCCUAGGGUAGAAGUGGGUGGCUGAAAUGUCAUUUCCCUUAAAAGGAGAAAAUCUGAACCUUGUUUAGGUCUCUGUGACCCUGUGGUUUGAUUUAUAUUUGCGAGGAACUUCAUGCCUGAUGCUCUUGUGCCAGAUUCAAGCCUCAGAAACAUGUGCCUUCCCUCCCUUUUCUUCUUUGUCUUUGACACGUUUUCAUUUGUCUUUUAAUUUUCCUUUUAAUUUUUACUUUUUUAUUUUAAUUAUUUUUCUCUUAAUGCAUGGAAGAAUAAACACUUCACUAGGUUUCAUCAGGCUGUAACUGGAGAGGGGGAAAUACCUACUUUUCUGGCUUUGGUGAGGCUGCUGUGAAAAUAGGGCUCGCAGUCAGCAUUAGGGAUGUCAGCCAGAAGUGCUGCGGAGCCGGCUGUCAUGGAGGGAACCAGGCAAACCAGGAUCUGUCGUCCGCACAAGAUAAGCGAGUCCUCGAAGGUGUACAGGUGGGAUGACCACUCCAGUCUGGUUCUUCAGAGCCUGAAUGAGCAGAGGCACCGAGGCCUCUUCUGUGACAUUGUCCUCGUAGUGGAUGAACAGAGAGUCCCUGCCCAUCGGAACCUCCUCGCUGUUUGCAGCGACUACUUCAAUUCUAUGUUCACCAUUGGUAUGAGAGAAGCCCACCAAAAAGAGGUAGAACUUUUUGGAGCCUCUUACAUUGGACUUAAGGCUGUAGUAGAUUUCCUUUAUGGCAGUGAGCUAUCUUUGGAUGGAGGCAAUAUCGACUAUGUGCUUGAAACAGCUCACCUGCUGCAGAUCUGGAAGGUGGUCGACUUUUGCUGUGAGUACCUGGAGAAUGAAGUCAGCGAGGAGAACUAUUUGUACCUGCAAGAGCUGGCCUCUAUUUACAACCUGAAGCGCCUUGACUCCUACAUUGACUCUUUCAUCCUGAAGAACUUUGGCACGCUGUCUUUCACUCCGGACUUCCUGCAGAACAUUUCCUUGCAGAAGUUGUGCCAAUACCUGAACAGCAGCAAUGUGCAGCAGGAGUGUGAGCACGAUUUGCUGCAGGCUGCCUUGCAGUGGCUUACCCAGUACCCGGAAAGGGAGAAUGAGGCUUACCAGGUUCUGGAUAACAUUCAUUUUCCUUUGAUACCUAAAAGUGAUCUCCUCCACCGAGUCAAGCCUGCUGUCUGCUCUCUUCUUCCCAAAGAAGCAAACUGUGAGGGGUUCAUAGAAGAGGCAGUGCACUAUCACAACAAUGUCACAGCUCAGCCAGUGCUGCAGAACAAGCGGACAGCCCUGAGGACCUGUGAGGAGAGGCUCCUCUUUGUAGGUGGGGAGGUUUCGGAGCGCUGCUUGGAACUGAGUGAUGAUACCUGCUUCCUGGACACAAAAAAGGGGCAGUGGGUAGCAGAGACCCCUCUCCCAGCCAGACGAAGUCACCACUGUGUCGCAGUCUUGGGAGGCUUCAUCUUCAUAGCUGGAGGCAGCUUUUCAAGAGACAAUGGAGGGGAUGCAGCUUCAAAUCUGCUAUAUAGGUAUGAUCCCCGCUGUAACCAGUGGAUAAAGGUCGCCUCCAUGAGACAGCGCCGUGUAGAUUUCUACCUGGGAGCUGUUACCGACAUGCUGGUAGCUGUUGGUGGCAGGAAUGAAAAUGGAGCACUUUCUUCAGUUGAGACUUACAGUCCUCAGAAGGAUUCAUGGUCCUACAUAGCAGGCUUGCCCAGGUUUACCUACGGCCAUGCUGGAACGGUCUUCAAGGAAUUUGUGUACAUUUCAGGAGGCCAUGAUUACCAAAUCGGCCCCUACAGAAAAAACCUGCUGUGUUACGACUACCGCACAGAUGUCUGGGAGGAGAAGAGGCCAAUGAUUGUUGCCCGAGGGUGGCACAGCAUGUGCACCUUACAGGACCACAUCUACUCCAUCGGUGGCAGCGAUGACAACAUAGAAACCAUGGCUCGCUUUGACAUUCUGAGUGUGGAGUCCUACAGCCCUCAGUGUAACCAGUGGACCAGAGUUGCUCCUCUGCUGCAAGCAAACAGUGAGUCAGGGGUGGCAGUUUGGGAAGGAAAGAUUUAUAUCCUCGGAGGCUACAGCUGGGAAGAAACGGUCUUCUCCAAAACGGUCCAGGUUUAUGAUAAGGAGAAAAAUAAGUGGUACAAGGGAACUGACUUACCCAAAGCAAUUGCUGGUGUGUCUGCAUGUGUCUGUGCGUUGAAACCCAAAACAGAGGACAAGAAGAAAAAGACAAAAACAAGAAAACAUCAAGAUCGAGGAAGAUGACUACUCCUGGAUAACCACUCUUUGAUAGUGGGCUCCAGAAGGACCUUGUAUUAAAUAAUUUUUAUCUAACCUUGACUCUUUUUGAGUGGGGGGGGGGAUAUUCUGAAGCCUCAUAAAAUGUACAGUUGAAUGUGGUUUUGGGAAUUAAGUUCAUGGUUAAGAUAAAAACAACAAAAGAAACAAACACCCCAACCUUCCAACUCUUUAAGGGGUGAGAUGGCAAGGGAGGUUGUGCUGCUCUCCUGAACGUUAACGCUUAGUCUUUUACUUUUUGGCUCGUGGCAUUUCCACCUAAGUUGUAUAAUGUCAGUGUUUUCAAAAUAAGGUUUAAUCUGUGGCUAAAUUGAUAAUAUCAAGGGAGAGGAAGGAGGCAGAGUACUGAGUGUCUGGUUUGAAUUUAACAGAGCAGUUCAAUGGGAUUUAGAAACAGCUGCUAUGAGAAAAUUAAAUGGAUCUUCACUGUUGUAAA